GCAUACAAACACACAACACCCAACCACAAUUACCAAUUUAAUGAACUUCCAAAUCUUCCAACCACAUCUACUUCAUUUACUCCUUCCAAAACUCCCUUAAAUACCCCCUCCUCCACCACCCCCCACAUUCACCUUCAAACAUGGCAGCCACAGGAGAACACCACCUUCUGUCCACCGAAAUUGUCAACCGGGGUAUCGAACCAUCCGGAUCCAUGACCUUUUCAGUCAGGGUUCGUCGUCGGCUACCAGACUUUGUCCAGUCUGUAAAGCUCAAGUAUGUGAAACUUGGCUACCAUUACUUAAUCAACCAUGGAUUAUACUUAGCCGCGGUUCCAGUUGUGUUCCUUUUGUUUGGUGCGGAGGUUAGAAGAUUUGGCAGGGAGGAGGUGUGGCGGAUGCUAUCCGAAAGCGCGGGUGGCUAUGAUCUUGUUAUUGUUCUUGCGCUAUUUACUCUCCUUACGUUCAUACUCACUUUUUAUUUCUUCUCACGUUCUCGUUCCAUUUAUUUGGUUGAUUUUGCAUGCUUUAAACCUCAUGAUGAUCUUAAGGUGACAAAGGAGGAAUUUAUCGAGCUAGCAAGAAAAUCCGGAAAAUUUGACGAAGCGAGCCUCGAAUUCCAGAAACGUAUUCUCGAAUCAUCAGGGAUCGGAGACGAAACCUACGUCCCAAAAUCUAUAAUGUCUACUGAAAGAACCUCAACCAUGAAAGAAGGGCGCGCGGAGGCAUCCAUGGUCAUAUUCGGGGCUCUAGACGAGCUCUUCGAAAAGACCCGAAUCCGCCCCAAAGACGUAGGAAUAUUAGUCGUAAACUGUAGCAUUUUCAACCCAACACCCUCAUUAUCCGCCAUGAUUAUCAACCACUACAAAAUGAGGGGAAAUGUGUUAAGUUUUAACUUAGGCGGGAUGGGGUGCAGCGCGGGGAUUAUUGCGGUCGAUCUAGCGCGUGACAUGCUUCAAGCGAACCCGAACAAUGUGGCCGUGGUGGUGAGUACGGAGAUGGUUGGGUAUAACUGGUAUCCGGGUCGUGACCGUUCUAUGCUUAUUCCUAAUUGUUUUUUUAGAAUGGGCUGUUCCGCGUUGUUGAUGUCUAACCGCCGUCGUGACUAUAGACGAGCUAAGUAUACGCUUGAACAUAUUGUUAGGACGCAUAAAGGGGGGGAUGAUUCGAGUUUUAGAAGUGUGUAUCAAGAAGAAGAUUUAGAGAAGUUUAGAGGGUUGAAAAUUAGUAAAGAUAUAAUGGAAAUUGGUGGUGAGGCUAUUAAAACUAAUGUUACCACGUUAAGUCCUUUAGUGCUGCCGUUUUCUGAGCAGAUGUUCUUCUUUUCUGACCUCAUCAAGAGGUAUUUCUCUGGCACCGCCAAAUCGAAAGGCGGUGGCGCCAUGUCCGGAGAGUCAUCUCACCGGCUGCCACCGGUGCUACAAGAGAUGAGCCAAUUGGCACCUUCUUCUUCUUCUUCUUCUACCACCAAGCCCUACAUUCCAGACUACAGGCUAGCAUUCGAGCACUUUUGCAUCCACGCCACUAGCAAGAGCGCGUUGAACGAGCUGCAACGCAACCUAGGGCUCAGCGACGAAAACAUGGAGGCAUCACGUGCCACACUCCACCGGUUUGGAAACACGUCUUCAAGUAGCAUCUGGUACGAGCUGGCAUACCAGGAGGCGAAGGGACGAGUGAAAGCAGGUGACCGGGUCUGGCAGUUGGCAUUCGGGUCGGGUUUCAAAUGCAACAGUGCCGUUUGGAAGUCCAUUCGGCGCAUAGGACCGCUGCAGGCUGGUAGCAACCCAUGGCUUGAUUGCAUGGAUAGGUAUCCUGUGGAGGCAUUUUCUCAGUAUAGCUAAAUCACCCCCUCAACUUUCACUGAUUUACACUUUGUUACCUUACUAAAAUAAUAAGUGACAUUGCAAAAAAUAAUAUAUACAAUAUAAAAAGUAGAAGUGUUUAAAUUGGGUCUAUUAUAAACAUUUUGUCAAACUUGUUGGGUAGAUAUGUAAAUUAUGAGAUGUAAUUGCAGUUUAAUUGUGUAAUAAUGCAAAAUAAAAUAUGAAUGGUGAUCUUUUGUUAGGUGGAUCACACAAAUGUAAUGUAUGGUUGUAUGUUUGUUUGUUUGGUACUUGAAAAUUUUAGUGUUGA